AUGGAGUUCCCUCAACUGGAGCCUCUUGUCCAUUCGACAGAGAGUGGCCUGCGGUUAAGCUAUGAGCUUCCUCAUCGCGUCUACAGCACCAAGGUGUAUCCGAUCCAAUCUCCCAACGGUUCUACCAUCAUAAUAUAUGGCCAUGACACUGGAAUACACGUCCUAUGGAGAGGGGGCAAGAGGAUCAAACCUUACAAAGAGGAAGAAGAGAAGGAAAAUAUCGAAAGCCAGAAUGAUGGGAAUGAUGACGUUAUAAUGAUUAUAGAUUCAGAUGAAGAAGACGAUGCUCAAGUCGAGAAGGAAACUCCUGCCCCCGCCAUCGAAUUCGAGGAAGAAGAAGACGAGAUCGACCCGAAUUGCCCUUUUUUGAACAUAAUUGCUCGCUAUGACAUACACCUAGGAGUAAAGGUUUCAAGGGUAUCCAUUCCAAGCAUUCUUCCCGACGCGAUACGGUCUCCGGAUUCUGUGCCGCAGGUACUCUCAAAAACAAUACUCAUCACUGCGUGCUGUGCGGAUUCUUCAGUUCGCCUCAUUGCUGCACCUAUUAUACCUCCGCCCCCUGCGGACAGUCCAUAUUCAUGGGACCUUCAGACGCUUACGAUCCCCUCUCAAAGCAUUCAAGCGAUUCCACCCCAAGCUUCCAUGACUAUAACCUGUGAGAGACCUGCUAGCAAUGUAGAGUCGCGAAGUCGGAGCCGUAGCAAUGCUGAAGCUUUGCGAAAAUCUACUGAAAAGUGGAAGCUUCUUGUGGCCGUCCAUUCUGCAGAGGCUUCUGGCAAGCUAUCGAUAUACCAAAUUCCCUUCAACGAGCAAGAAACCAAAGUUUUCUGCCCAUACACACUCUCAAACGAUCACCUUUUCCCCGUUCAACAGCUCUACUUAGCGUCGCCAGCAACCAGCGUUUCUUUCAACCCAAGCCAAUUUCCCUCCUACCGACACGCGUUUUUGCUUCUGGGGUUUGAGACCGGCAGUGUAGAUCUCUACUCAUGUCUACCGCCAGAUCCGAGAAACCUGUCUACGGCUGAUAAGCGAAAAUCUAAAGCUGACGUCGAAAAAGGAGGCGUUCGCACAAAGCUACUAUUUACAUUUUUCACCGAUUUUGAUUCAUCAUCAGCAGCACCACUUCGCCGCAAAGGGCUGGUUGACGCAAGAUGGGUGCUUGGUGGUAGGGCGAUUAUGGCUUUAACGACAGAAGGUGAAUGGGGUCUAUGGGAUAUUGAAUUAUCUGGCUCAAACCAGAAGAAUCUCGUCCCUGGCUCCAGCGUUUCUGCCGGCCAACUAGGCUUGUUCGCUCUUCGAGGUCGCGUAUCUUCCCCAGAAGCGCUGUCUAAACCCCAAUCUACCCGUGCUCCGCCCGUUGUUGGUCAGCAUAAGUCUAGAUUCGCACCUAUGACGCCGUCGACCCGCCGUAUUCGUGAGGAAGCCCUAUUUAAAGGAUCACCACAGCAUUCUACCCCCAUUAGCCAUUCUUACAGAGGUGGAAUUUCUGUGAUUCCAACCAAUCAAGGUUGGGACAAACCAGUGGACGAAUCCAUCUUGAUAUGGCAUGGAGAUAAAAAUAUACAGAUUCCUAGUUUACUGUCACUUUGGAAAGCUAGCAACAGCCAACUCACAGUGUCGUUUGAUUCACCAAGGAUGUGUAAGCCAUCUGAUGUUAAAGAUAUCGAUACGCUUGGAGAAUUGGAGACUGGAAUAUCUUAUAUAUCAACCUACUCACUAUCGCCCACACAAAGUUUAUGCCCCGAUAUCAUCAUUACCGCUGAAAGCCGCCUUAUUAUCCUUGCUUCCAAGCUUCGAGUCCCAGAGACAAAAGAGGAAAACGAGCAUAGAGAAGAAUAUGUCACGACUGGUGAGGUUGACCAGACUUUAUUACAGAAAGGAGAACUAGACCUUGAUGGGAUGGAUCGUGUAUUGGCUGGAAUGGCGGAUAGUAUCCAUGGAGGUCGGCCGAACCUUCUACGAAACUCGCAGAAUACGUUUUUCGCUUAG